AUGCAAUCAUUACCAUUAACAUCUAAUAUAUAUCCUGAUUGUUAUUUACAAAUUCGUCGUGCUAAACAAACUAUUUUUACUGAUGUUGCUGAAACAACAACUGUAUAUGAAUUAAAACAAAUUAUUGGAAAUAUACUUCGAAUAGAUCCGAAUAUAAUUCGGUUAAGUGUGCAAGGUCAAAUACUUGAUAAUGAUAGUAAACACCUACUUGAAUAUGGUAUAACAACAAAAGAAGCUCGACCACAAAAUCCAUUUCAAUUAGAAUUCGUUCUUAAAGUAGAUGAUGAUUCUUAUGAAAAUCUUGAAGUAAUUCCUUAUUCAAUGCACAAUACUUCUUCAAAUGAUGAAUAA